AUGUCAAAAGCACGGCCACCACCACUGGUCACGGGCAUCUCGCCCAAGGAGGGACCAGCAUGGACCAAAGUGACCAUUCGUGGAGAAAACCUCGGCACAGGCCCAGCAGAUCUUGUUGGUCUGUCCAUCUGUGGCCAUAACUGCAUGCUGACGGCGGAGUGGAUGUCAGCCAGCAAGAUAGUGUGCCGCGUUGGCCCUGCUAAAGAUGACAAGGGACAAAUCAUCGUCACCACCAAGUCUGGAGGCCCUGGCACCUCCACGGUCUCCUUCAAACUCCUAAGGCCAGAGAGGAUCGGUAUCCUGGAACAGUCUGCCGUGUGGGUGGAUGAGGUGAACUACGACAUGAGGACAAACCGCAACAAAGGAAUCUCCCCCUUCUCUCUGCGUCCCAGCAACCCGCUGGGCAUCGAGAUGGACAAGGGCAAAGCUGCACAGAAAGACCUGGAGCAGAUAUUUCCAGGAAUGAGUGGAGACUUCACCAGUGAGAACUUCUCUGCCUCGUGGUACCUGAUUGAGAAUCAUUCAGGCUCCAGUUUUGAGCAGCUAAAGGUUGCAGCCAAUAAUCUGAAGAAGCACGCUUCUAAGAAAAAUGAGGGGAGUAUGGCAUCUGUAAAAGGAGGCCUCAGCACGUUCUUUGAGGCUCAGGAUGCUCUGGCAGCGAUCCACCAGAGGCUGGAAUCGGAUGGCACAGAGAAGGUGGAGGGAUCCAUGACCCGUCGACUGGAAAACAUCCUAAAUCGAGCGAGCGAUACAGCAGAUACUCUCUUCCAGGAGGUCCUGGGUCGGAAGGACAAGGCUGACUCCACACGCAAUGCGCUCAACGUGCUGCAACGGUUCAAGUUUCUCUUCAACCUGCCGCUCAACAUAGAACGUAACAUUCAGAAGGGGGAUUAUGAUGUGGUGAUCAAUGACUAUGAGAAAGCCAAAUCUCUUUUUGGGAAUACUGAAGUUGCAGUUUUCAAAAAAGUUUAUGCAGAGGUUGAGACAAGAAUCGAAGCUUUAAGAAACCUCCUGUUGGAAAAACUGCUGCAGACACCGUCGACACUUCAUGACCAGAAGAGAUACAUCAGGUACCUUUCGGACCUGCAUGCUCCAGGGGAUCCAGCCUGGCAGUGUAUCUAUGCUCAGCACAAGUGGAUCCUGCAGCUGAUGCAGAACUGCAGAAAUGAGUUUAUCAGCGGUCGAAGAGUGGGGGCUGGAGGUCUGGACCUGGAGGGGGAUACCCGCCCGGCAGCGCUUGGCAGACUCGGCCAGUCUUCAUCUCUGAAAAGAGGGGGCAGCAUGCAUUACCAGCGACCGAGCACCUGGCUCUUUGAAACCCCACAGCAGGUGCAGUUUGUGGAGAAACUCUCGGACGUGGUGAUUGGUCAGCUGCCAAACUUCUGGAAGCUGUGGAUCUCCUACGUCAAUGGAAGUCUUUUCAGCGAGACUGGAGAGAAAUCUGGCCAUGUGGAAAAAUCCAAGAAGAAUGCCCGACAGAGACAGAACGAUUUUAAAAAAAUGAUUGAGGAGCUGACAAACAGGCUUGUGAAGCUCAUUCGCGGUGCUCUUCUCCCCACCACUCUGCCACGAGGAGAGCUUAAUGUUUACGGGGGCUGGGAGGACAAGACGGAGCUGACCGGAGCCUGGUUUACUCAGAUCAUCCAUACUGUCAGGGGUUGCCACGAGGCGCUGUCGACUCUGGAGAUCCCCAUUGAUUUGCUGCAGGUGAUCCAGGACCUGCUGCUAGAGCUUAGGGUCCAUUGCCUGAUGGUGACUCUGCUCCAUACGUCAGAAGAUGUGAAGAGGCUUGCCGAAAAGGAAGAUUGGGUUGUAGAUAACGAGGGAAUCACCAGUCUGCCUUCCAAGUUUGAACAGUGCAUGGUCCAAAUGCUGCAGUCGCUGAAGGAGCCGCUGGAAAUUAAACCAGGAGAAAUCAAUGUGUUGCAGUUAGACCAGGUCCAGGAUCAGGCAACAGAGCUCAGCGUGAACAUCAUGAAGGUUUUUAUAAACUGUUUGGAACAGCUGAGUAGGAAGGCGGAUGAAGACUUUGAAGUAUCUCACAACAUUUCAGUGGACCUGUCCUCUCCAGAUCGGUUUUCCAGGAUCCAUGAGGGAUUCAUCCCAACAUCUGAGCAGAGACUGUUGAUCAUCCUUAGUAACUGCCAAUACCUGGAAAGACGCACCUUCCUGAACCUGGCUGACCACUUUGAGAAGCACGGCUUGACGGGAACGGAGAAGAUCAACCGGGGGAGUGUGGACGCUGUUCGGGAGCUGGACGGGAACCUGUUCGAAGCUUACAUUGAGCGACGAGCAGAUCCGAUCGCAGGUUCCCUAGAGCCCGGCAUGUAUGCAGGAUACUUCGACUGGAGAGACUGCCAGACACCCACAGGCGUGAGGAACUACCUGAAGGAAGCUCUUGUAAACAUCAUAGCCGUUCAUGCCGAGGUCUUCACCGUCUCAAAGGACCUGGUUCCUCGGGUUUUGUCAAGAAUCGUGGAAUCGGUGGCAGAUGAGAUGUGUCGCCUAAUGCAAUGCGUGUCCUCCUUUAGUAAGAACGGAGCCCUGCAGGCCCGACUCGAGCUCUGCGCUCUGAGGGACGCCAUGGCCGCUUACUUAAACCCUGAGAGCAAAACUAUCUUCAAGCAAGCUCUGGACUCACUGCCUCAGUUGCACAGCGGCGCUGAUAAAAAGUUACUGGAGGAGCUGCUCAACAAAUUUAAGAGCAGCAUGCAGCUCCAGCUCACCUGCUUCCAUCCCUCCAACGUCCAGCCCGUCAAGAGAUAAUCUCAAUCCCCCUUUAUUCUCCACCAGACUCCAUCGGUUGGCUACAAUCUGUGUGAAAUCGAAUAAUAAACUGAAGCCAUUAUCAGCGCCUUUAUCACUUUAUUAUUUACUCAUCUCCCUUUUUUUUUUCACCAGUGUCACUUUCAAUUUCUGCUCUACUAUGAUAAAGCAAGUGUCUGUAAAUCUAAUCUUGUCAACACUAAAUGAGUGGAUUUCAUUGUUACUGUGCAGGGCAGUCCCAUUUGUGUUGGUUAUGCUAAUCACGUCUGACCAUAAAUGAGUGCGUGUGGAGAUCUCGAGUGAAAUAAGAAAGUUCUGGAUCACUGGUUGUAUGUCGAGUCUCCUGUUAUAGAACUAGAUUAGAAUUUGCUGAGACCAUGAAAAGUUCCUCUGAUUUUAACUGUGCACUAAUAAAAUAAACAUAUGCACCAUA